GUGAGCCCAGUUCCGGUGUGUGCGGAUACGAACGUACCGUCUCCCUCCAGUCUAAAUGCAGGAGCUCUUUUUAUAUCACAGACGCAAGGGCACGAAGCGGGAGACGCGGGGAAAUAAGUGUCGCGCGCAUACGAUAUCACUCGCCGCUUUCGGCUCCUAUGGAGUUUCACUGGCCGGGAGAGAAUUGAAUAUGUGCCAUGGAGGACUGCUUACACACGUCUUCUGAAAAUCUGGCUAAGCUUGUUAGUUGGGCCCAUAGCCAUGGAACAAUCUGCAGCCUUAUUCCCAACCUGAAGCACUUACUUUCAGAAGGGUCCCAUGGAACCCUGACUGCCAUGUGGGGGUGCAGUGCCGGACAUGCUUACCACUGGCCUCUCACUACUACCUGCCGGGCUGGCUCCCAAGAGCGUGUAUGUUAUCAAGACAGUCGCAGUUUUAACUCUGACAGCUCAAGUAUCCUUGGUGUGCCAUCUGAGACACAGCCUAGCCCAGGGGAGAGGUUCUCUGGAAGAACCAACAAAGGUAAGCUGGACUGUAAUCAGACCAGAGACUCGUGUGACUUUUCAUACUGCAGUGAGCCUUCUGAGGCAGAUGAUGCUGUAGAUGAGUAUGAGGAUGAGAAUGCCUUGUUUGAUAUGGUUUGUGAGUCUUCGGUAACAGAUGAAGACAGUGACUUUGAAUCCUCAAUGCAGAGACAACACCUACAGAAUGUUUCUCGCAAGAGAGUCAAAUCAGAUCCUCCAAUUUCUGGACUGUUAAGCAGCGGUUCUUGUGAAAAAUCAGAAGAUGUAUGUGGUAAUGGUGGGGCUGAUCUGAUUGUUAAGAAAAUAAAGCAAGAGUUGCCAGAGGACUACUACAUUGUGGCCAAUGCUGAGCUGACAAAGGGAACGGAUGGUCCAAGUUUAUCUCUUACCCAGACACCAAAGCAGAAAUCUCAAGCUGUUGCCUCUGGACCCCCUUCUCAAGCAGUGCCUCAGAAGCCAACCACAUUAGCCUCUCCUUCCCUGUCAAUUGAAACAGAUUCUGCAAAUGUUUCCAUCACUUCCCCUUGUAGCAUUUCUCAAGUUCCAGUUCCAAAGCAAACCAGACCCCCAGUAGCAAGUCAUGGAAGACAUGUAAUGAAUGUUCAUGCUCCUAGUCAGCCAGUAAGUCUUCAGAUGCCCAUCAGUACUUCUUCAGGUACAAACCAGCCAAUCAACAUUCCUUUAUCAGCCCUACAGCUUCCAGGACAGGACGAUGAUGUCCCCACAGACAACCCAGUAAAGCCGUCUCCAAAAUCAGUCGCAUCCUAUGAUGGAGCUUUGUCACCUUUGGAAAACAAUGAGUUGGAGGUCAGUUCCAGCCAGCAGCAGAGAAGUGUUUCUCAGGCAUCAGGUACUGAUGUCAGUGCUGAAGCAGCCUUAGACAUUGAUGAAAGACAAGCUGAAGCAAACAGGGAACAAAAUGAGAAAACUAUACGAAGCACUCAGACAGCACUUCGAAAUUUUAGAGAGUUCCUCAUUUCCAAGUACCCAAAUGAAAACCGUGAAAUUUAUGUGAUUCCUUGCAAUGAGCUGGAUGCUUACUUGGCUUCAUUCUUUGUGGAUGCCAGACAAAAAGAUGGAUCUGAAUAUGAGCCAAACAGUUUAGCCAACUACCAAUGUGGAUUAGAACGUUACCUCAAGGAGCAUAAGUAUGGCUACAGCAUUACAAGAGACAAGGAAUUCAAACGUUCCCAGGAGGCACUUAAACAAAAACAACUAGAGCUCAAGUUCAAAGGUAAAGGAAACAAGCCCCAUAAGUCCAUGAAGCUCACCUUUGCAGAUGAGUUGAUACUGCGAAAAAGAGGCUUGCUGAGCCGCUUCAACCCAGAAGGACUGCUUAACCUUGUAUGGUUGAAUAACACUAAGGCAUUUGGCCAUUGUACGGGCUUCCAUGGCUCCACUUUGAAAUGGGGCGACAUCCGCCUGCGAGUGACUGAGACAGGACUGGAGUACCUUGAGUGGACUUGCCUGGACUCUACGGACUCUAAUUCCAAAACUAAAAGGGCUGUGACUGAGUGUCGCAUCUAUGCCACUCCACACUCACCUCAAACCUGUCCUGUGCAGGAUUACAAGGAGUACGCACAGAGGAGGCCACCUGCCAUGCGGUAUGAAGAUGCCCCUUUCUACUUGUCCAUCAAACCUGUUGUCAAUCUAGCAGCCCUCCACUGGUAUAACUGCCAAGCCCUGGGUAAGAAUAAACUGGCCAAAAUGGUUAAAACAAUGUGUGAGAAGGGCAACAUACCAGGAAGAAAGACCAACUUUAGUGUAUACCAGAGCUGCAGCACUCUCUCUGAAGCGCAGAGUAACCAGUUAGUACUCAUCUGUAACAACCUGAGCCAGCAGGCUGCUCAGUCCAUGGCCUCCCACUCCAGUGGCACUAAUUUUGUCAUUGCUGGCUCUUUUGACUCUUCUUCAGAUACAAUUUGACUGCUAUUUAAAAUGACUGACUGAUAUAUCUUUGUCUCCCCUACUGUUAACUGCAGUGUUUUGUGUGACCAGUGAUCAUUCCAUCAUUGUUUUUAAGUGGUGUUUGUUACAAAUAAUCAGAAGUGCAUCUAAUCUCUGUUACCAUGUAGAAAGUCACCAACUUUUGACAUUUUUCAGCUUUUUUAUCAUUCUGUCGUCCCUGAAAAGAAAAUUAUCCAAAUCUACUUCUUCUUAUAAGCUGUCUGCAUAAAUGAUCAUGUUAAAAGUGUCAUACAAAAUGUUUUUAUACUAUACUACAAGCAGCUGCACUAUUCAUGUCGUCAAACUGUGUGUUAACCACUGUUCUUUGGAAUGAUGCAUUAAAGAAGGAGCACUUUACCAUGAAAACCAGGAGAGUAUUUAGAGGGAAAAUGGCCUUAUUUUAUCUUCUCUUUUAAUAUAUCACAAACUAUACAGUCUUGUGUUCAACGCCAAGUGUCUUGUGCAUCCAACAUAAUGUAUGGCACGAGUCUGACGUAUUAUACUGUGUGUAUAUGAGUGUGUUCAUAACUGUGCCUUUCCAUAAAUUACCAUCCCAUCCACAGUUGGUCCCUGUCUCGUGGCAAUGGAAGGAAGGCCCUGUUCACACGUGUAUUUAAAAUUGAAUGCCAACUGUGUUUUCCAUAGCAGUUUCUGUGAAUGCAAUGGAAUAUUUAUGUUCAGUAUGGCCAAACCACUUUUGAGGAGUAGUGUUGUGAGUAGAGUUUAAACACUCCUCAAGGCUUUGAACAGUUCACUAUAUUUUGUUAAAUCUUCAGUCAAGAAAAUCAUGGUGGCUUUGGGUUUUAAAAGAUGGUGAAUGAAUUCAUGUGUAAAUUUGUAAAAUGUUUCCUUUUUUCUUUGUCUUACUUAACAAAAUGUUCUGACCACUUGUUGCUCCUUUCCUCGGUUCUGCUGAACUAGCACUUCUUCAGAUCUAUUAAGUUUAUUUUUUAUUAAGCACUCUUCAUUGAGUGCAGACACAAGAACACUGACAAGUUCACACAAACAUACAAAUGUAAACUUUGCAACUAACUAAUUAAAUAAUUAAUAUAUAUAUAUAUAAAACACUGAUUUGUUUAAUGCAGAAAAGAAAACAAAGUAGUUUGAAACUGAUUAACAUAGUUAAUGGAGCCCAGCAAUAUCUGUCCAUUAAAUAAUUGUUGAUCAGUGUCUUGCUGCAAAUUCUAAAGUUUUAGUUAAACACAAAAAAGAGUUGCCUUCUGUUGUUCAUGUCUUUUGAUUCUGACAGUUAAAUACAAUGGGGAUUCGGACAGUUUUGUCCUACUUUCAACUUUGCCUGGUGCAAGGUAGAAUCCAUAAAGGUUUAUGCUGCUGCAUCAUACCUCAACAAUUCUGGGUUUGAAUCCUGGCCUGGACACAAUCUGCAUGGAGUUUGCACGUUCUACUCCCACAUUCCUGUAUGUUCAGUUACAGUAACUGGCAGCUUAGUGUGAGUGUGCCCUGUGAAGGACGGCCGCUCUGUUCUGGGUUCUUUCCUGUAUUGCACCCUAGGCUGCUGGAACAAACACCCGAUCCUUGUGACCCUGAACUGUACAAGUGGGUUUGUAAGUGGAUGGAAGGACCGAUUUAUGCAUUUAUUUUUAUUAACAUUUUGAUGAACUUUGUUCCUCUGACCCUUUUGCUUGAAAAAAACAUAUGCAAUGUGAACAGUCCACAAUACAUGAAAAAAUCAAUUGUGAACAAAUUUUGUCUAAACAGUUUGGAGAAGUAUGGUGUGAACAGGGCCAAGAAUUAAAUCAAACAAAAGAGAAAAUGAUGUAGUUGGGCAGGGAUGUGUGCCACACUUCUCUGCUUUUUUCCACAACUUCCAUGUCUGUGUAUGAUAUCCUGUUUAUGAGUAUAAGAUACAAGUAUAAAUAAGACAAAGUAGAUAAAUAAUCAUGACCAUCAUCUUUUCAUUUUUGGCAUUCUCCACUAAAGAAACAAUCACACGAACGUUGUCCAAGAUUGCUUUGAAAAAAAGAUAAUGGAAAAAUACCUGAUUAUCUGAAUGGAAAUUUGUUUUUGCCAUUGUAAGAAAAUAGUGAAUUCUUGCCAAGUUAAUAUUGUUAAAUGGUGUGCCUAAAAAGUCUAUUAGCACAAAGUUAACUGUGGAUUGUUUUGUAUUGUAUGUGUUGUUCUUUCAUUUGUCCAUCAAAUUAAAAAAUUUUUCAGAUUUUUUAAUUUGCUUUUGAUCUUUGCCGUUUUUAUUCAUUUGUCUUGUGGAAGCCAGCAUAAUUUAUUCAGUGUGCAUCACAGAAGAUUUUAUGUGCCAGGACGUGCUUAGAUUAGGUCUGACUAAAACUGACUUUUUAAAAUACAUUGUUAGCUUGAGCAUGUGGUUGCUUAUAUGUGCUCUAAAGUUGUCCAAUGAGGUGGAAUAAAAGGCGUACAUAGUACUUUGGGAAAGCAACAAAAUGUCAGCUUCUCUAUAAAUUGGCAGCCAAAACAUUUCUGAUGUUACCAAGCACUUAAUUGUAGUGUUGUGCUCAAAUAGCACCAGACGUCACUGUGUCACAAGGCCCCUGUCCAGCAUGAAGUGUCAGUCAAGUACUGUUAGAAGUUGCACAGUGGUUAGAAUUGCUGCCCCAAGGACCCAGCUUACUAAGUUUGAGCUCUGAGUCCAGGUGUGGUUCAUGUGGAGUUUGCAUGUUCUCCUCAUAUUUGCAUGGACUUUGUUUUGAUUUUUCAUUUGCAUCACUAAAAAAGGCAAGUUAUGUUAAUGUGGUGCAAUAAAUUGGCCCUGAGCGAUGGUGAGUAGGGGCUGAAAUGGACUGGUUCAGUGUCCAGAACUGGUGUCCUGCCUUGUGCCUCAUGCUGCAGGGGUUGGCUCCAGCCCAGUGACUAUGAAUUGGAGAAAUUAUGUUUUUUAUAUUUAUCAAAACAUCUAAAGUCUCUUUAUAUCCCAAGAACAAACAAAAUCUUCUUUUAAUCGAUUAUUGAGUGCCUGUACACUUCUGAA